AUGGAGCAGUCCCAUCAUGAAUUGUCAGAAGACUCAGAUGACUAUGAACCCCCAGAGCCCGAUACCAGUGCUGGAUCGCCUAGCUACUCGCCUCACUACACUCCCAGCGACAAUCCCUCUAUGAAACCCGGCCCACUUACAGCUCUGGAUGAGAAUCUGGGAGAAUCCGUCUCUCAGUCUGUUGGUGAGCCACAGCCGGAGACAUCCAUGCAAGGCCCGUCAGACCCGACUGGGGUACCGCAGCAUCCGACCGAAUUUCUCGGCGCUUCUCGUGUACGAGCACCUCUCGACCAAGCAUCGUCCACGGAAACAGAUCGACAGUUCACCCCAUACGAUAGCUCUCUCAAGAUGUUCAGAGCAUACCGCUUCCACCCCGACUAUCUGCAAAACGUUUCGGACGGCUACCGUUCGCUGACAUACAGCCACAAUAUCGAUUCAACAAGAACAUUCUGUCCCUAUGAAUCUUCCGGCGGUGUGUGCAACGACAACACUUGUGGAUUCCAACAUUUCCGGGACAUUACUCUCAGCGAUGACAAGAUCCUGGUCCAAAUGGGAGCUCUCCGCGAGGGCCAAACUGAAGAAGAAAAAGAAGCCUAUGUCGCCGGGUUGAAAGAAAUCAUCAACGGCAUGCGACGUGACAAGGUGAAAGAAUUCAGCACUGUGGCCAACGAGAUUGCCGCAUACCGUAGGCGCGUUCUCCAAGACCCAUCGCGAGUCUUGCACUUGUAA